CGGGUGCAGUCGUGCCCGACACGCGAGUGACGAUUAAAAAGUUUAGCUGUCAGUUUGACAGCGCGCCAAAAUUGUGACAUUUGCAUUUGUGAUUAUCAACAAGUUUGUACCGUUUGGAAAAGUGAUGCUGAAGCCACGCGAGAUCAUAAGCAGAGAAAGUUUAUUUUUAUAAUAAUAGCGGAGCCAUAUGCGAAACUAAAGCAGACAUAUGUUAGAAUUUACUACCUCUACUUAGAGACAACUGAAGGCAAUUGAACCUUAACAAAAUGGCCGACUAUGAUAUCACUUGUUACGAUGAUGACGAACUAUUCCAAGACAAAGAUAAUGUAACAGAUUUACAUGCAUAUUACAUGACACAGUUCAAUUUAGAAUUAGAAAAUGGUAAGAAGAGUAAAGACAAUUUUAAAUAUGGCGUCGAAGAGAGUUUCGAUUUUGAAGUUCUUGAUAAUUGGAAUGAUACAGGAAAAGCAGAUUUUGAAAUAAUAGAUGAAGUAUUAGAUAAUAAUAUAAACGAUCAAAAUAUAAAAGAGGUUCUAUUAGAUUUAGAUGGUAUUGAAUUCGAUGAAUAUCAAGAAACAUCAGAAAACAAGAAAGUAGAAAGUAAUUCAAACAGUGGAUAUAUAGACGAUGAAUCUCUUAUAGAUGAAUUGUGCAGAGAGGAAGAGACUUGCAUAUCAACUGAAGAUUUCAAUGAGGAUUAUUUAAAUACGUUAACCAAUGAUAAUCUUCUACCAUCAAUAGAGACGGCAUUUUCGAAGCGUUACUGUAAUUUUAACAACGCUGAUGAAAUCAAUCAAGGAUACAAUGAAACACAAGUACAGACAAACACACCUAUUAUACAUAGCUUAGCGCAGUAUAGUUAUCCAAAUAAUUUAAUAUAUAAUAUAGAAAAUGAGAAGAAAUACAUAUUACCAGAUACACCGACAAGUUGCAAUGAAUUCACUUUUGAUAGAAAUGAAAGGAAAGCGUCUAUAUGCGAUUCCAUAGAAAGCGAUGUUCAAAGUUCAUGUUAUUAUGAUGAAAAUUCAGAAAACUUCGAUGAAGAUGAAUUAUUUAUUAAUUUAGAUGAUUUCGGUCUUAACUUUGAAAAGGAUAACGAAGUUGUUAUACCAAACAAAAGUGUUAUAGACAAUAGAAUAAAUAAUAGAAAUGAGAGAAAGGAUAAGGAAAGGACACAAGGUGAAAGGGUGUGUUUAUGGGAGAACUGCUUGGAGAGAUAUCCUAACCAAAACACAUUGGUUGAACAUAUUGAAAGAGCACAUGUUAAUACGUAUAAAGGCGAUGAAUUUAGUUGCCUAUGGCGGGAAUGUGCACGCGCCCGUCGGCCGUUCAACGCGCGUUAUAAAUUGCUUAUACAUAUGCGCGUUCAUUCAGGACAUAAGCCUAAUCGAUGCCAUCAUCCUGGUUGCGGUAAAGCAUUCUCUCGUUUGGAGAACUUGAAGAUCCACGUGCGCUCCCACACAGGCGAGAGACCAUAUGCCUGCCCUGCGCCACACUGCAGAAAAGCUUUCUCCAACUCUUCAGAUAGAGCCAAGCAUCAGAGGACGCACUUCAAUGCUAGACCUUACGCCUGCGGUGCUGCCGGCUGCGGCAAGAGAUAUACGGAUCCCUCGUCUCUCCGCAAGCACGUCAAGUCUCACCCCCACGUGACCAGCGUGCCCCGUACCUGCAUCCCCCCCUCAAGACCUCUCCGAAGACCGGAACAUGAGCAGAUGGUUCCCAGCUCACCAGCUAAGCUGACCACGCUUAGAUGUAUCAGGGACAAGCUCACAGUACCAAAGUUACAAAAACUUUAAUAUUGAGCUGGUUUGGGCGCCCUGGACAAGAUCGGCGCCCACGGAUUUGGGAGGGUUAGGGUUAAGUGAGACUCUCUUCGCAGAUUUGACGCCCCUUUCUGUAUGUACAGGGUUCUGGUCUGUCGCCUAACCUACUAUAGAUGCAAAACGAAUCAAUUUUUAAUCAAUAUAAUAAGAUUCAAACUUUACGCCAACUGGUCGUUAGCUGCGAAUACAUCAAAAAGUGUGGAUAGCAUUGUACAACUGUUAUAAAAACAACUCCAAUUAAAAUUAGAUUUAUAAGUACCAUGGUUUUUUAUAGAAAAAUGGCGCAAAAAGGUUACUUAUGUAGACUAGUAUUUUUUUUUAAUGAGACUGUAAAUAGCUCAAUAAAAUAAAAUCGCUCAAUCCAAAGACUGUAACAAAACGAUUGGCUCAAAUAUUAUGUAAAUAUUAUUUAAGAUUAAGUUAUUUCUUACAAAUGUGUUUAAAACACAAAACGCUCACCCGGUUGUGGGGUCCAAUUUUAAUUAAUGUACGAUAUUAAGUUUGUUUAAGGCUAUAUUUUUAAUAAC